GCAGGGCACAGGCCUGGGAGUGGGCUCCGCUGGCCCUGGGGGCCCGAGCAAGGCAGGAGGCCAGGCCUCCGGCAGGCAGCCCAGUUGGCAGUGCGGAAGGCUGGCUAAUGAUUAAUGGGAAAGUACCUGAGGCUGGGCACUCACACCUUCCCUGCCUCUGCCUUGUUGGCCCUGCCUGAGAAGGGCCACAGCCCUUGGGAGGGACUUCCUGUCACUAGUGAGGAGUGAUCAGGCUCCUCGGGUGGCCAGAGGGAGUUCAUCCCUGUGUGUUUGCGUGGACGGCUGGGGGCCUCUUGGGAUCUGAGAACCUUCUCCGAAGCCCUACAGGGGACACUUACUGAGGGUGAGCAGGAUCAUGCGGAGAUGGAGGGCGGCAGGAACGGUGUCCUGGCCACACUGGUCGUCCUGGCUGCGCUGACAGCAUCUGGAUCCAGCUAUCAAAUCCUAGAAGGGCCCCAGAAUGCAACCGUCCUGCAGGGCUCGGAGGCUCGCUUCAACUGCACUGUGUCCCCAGGCUGGAAGCUCAUCAUGUGGGCCCUCAAGGGCACGGUGGUCCUGAGCAUCACGGACCAGGAGCCCAUCAUCACCAACAACCGCUUCACCACUGCCAGCUAUGACGUGGACAGCAACUUCAUCUCCGAGAUGAUCAUCCACAACGUGCAGCCAAGCGACGCGGGCCUGGUGAGAUGCAGCCUGCAGAACAGCGACCUGGAUGGCUCCGCUUUCCUCGAAGUCCAAGUCAUGGGCACCUUGCACAUCCUCGGUGACAGCCUUGUAGUUGUUGAGAAUGAGCCUUGCAAUGUCACUUGUGAAGCCUCGGGCUGGGUCCCGCUCCCGGAUAUCACCUGGGAGGUCGGCGUCCCCGUGAGCCACUCCAGCUCCUCCUCCUUUCUGGAGCCGGGCGACCUUCCUCGGGCAGUGAAUGUGCUGGCUCUCACGCCGCAGGGCAACGGGACACUGACCUGCGUGGCCGAGCUGAGGACCCUGCAGGCCAGCAGGUCCGUCACUGUGGACCUCACUGUGGUCCAGCCACCACCAGACAGUGUUGAUGAACCAGGCACAUCAUUGCCCACCUGGGCCAUCGCUCUGCUUGCAGUGUCACUGUCAUUGCUUUUGAUCCUGAUCAUCAUUCUGAUUAUAAUAUUCUGCUGCUGUUGUGUCUCUGGGGAAGAGAAAAAAGAAUCUAGUUAUCAAAAUGAAAUAAGUUCUAGGAAAUCUGCAGGUGUGAAAACAAACACAAGAGCUCUUGAGACAAAGCCACAACACGGGACUGAUAACUACGGGUACAGCUCGGAUGAACCCAGGAGCUCAGGCAACGCUACUUUGUCUCCCAGGUCCAGGGAACCGAAUGUUCCAGCACAGCGGAGUAGCCCUCCUCAACAGGAACCGGAGAAGCAGCGGCCCACCCCCGGAAGCCGCCCACAGGUUUCCUUCAGCCUCGCCAGCCCUCAGAAGGUCAGGAACGUGACUCUGGUGUAGCAGACACGCGGGCUCCAUUUCUCACUCCGCUGAUGGCAGCCUCGCCCUUCCCUGUGCCAAGCCUGGGUGACAGCUCUGCCAACGUUCCCGAUGGGUCAGGCCACGUCAGAACUGACACUGCCUCGCAAUGCAGGAGUCACUUUUCCCAGACUCCAUGUUGACUUUUAAGAUGUGCCAUGGUUUUAACGAAUUCCUUAAAAGUAAAAUCUGCUAAUUUAUCGUAAUGGUGUUUCUCAUCAUCCAACACUCCUGUUGCUCAUGCAAUAAAUGGUAGCUAAGCCUGUAUUCUGCACUGGUUUGUAAUAUAUUUUUACUUUCCUAAAUGUAUUAAUUUAAUAUUUAUGUAUGCUUAAUAGGUAGAAUAACUGCAUAUUAGAGUCAAGUUAGCAGUAAAAAUUGUGAACAAUCAGAAUUUCAAAGCUUACUGGCAAAUUGGAGUUCAGUGGGUUAAAAAUAAGAUGUAAUUUAGCACGAGGAGCACAUUCCUAAAUUUCUCAUGGUCAGUAUCUUUUUUUUUUUUUUCUUUUUGAGACAAAGUCUCACUAUGCAGUACAGGUUGGCUUUGAGCUCACUUUGAGCUGGUCUUGAACUUGCAGUGAUCCUCCUGCCUCAGCCUCCCAAGUGCUGGGAUUACAAGCGUGCACCACCAUGCCCGAUUCCCAGUUGAGAGCUACAAGAAGAUAAGUCAUUUCCAUCUGCUCCUGUAGCAGCACUGCCUCAUCCCCUCAAAUGAGCUUGGUGUGAGUUCUGCCUGGUAUGGGAAGGAAGUUCACAUUCUACAGACAUCAUUUUUAAAACCUGGAAAGGACAAGGCAUCCUUCAAUAAACAAAAAUGAAAAUCCCCAACAUGUCCAUAACUCUACUACCAGAUGGUAGUUUAAAGUCAUGGUGGUUAGAAAUGAAGUAUUUUCCAAGAAAGAAAACAGGGACUUCUGUGAGUAACGACCCCAACUACCUGUUUCUUACUUCUGCCCAUGUGAUCCAUUUAAAGUCAAUGGUAUGCUGAUACUGAGAAUGAAAUCUCUGCCUUUCCCAAAUACAGUUGGUCUAGGUCCAUUCAGUGAUGUUCACCAACCACACACCCCCUCUCAUGUAAGCCAAAAGCAGGGCAUUACUUGCUGGAGUUCUGUACUGGUUGGCAUGAUUUCUGUGCUGGGUGAUAGUUUGUGGCUGCUCUGAGCCCCUCAUGCCCAACCACACUGUUGCUAAGGUGAAUUUGACUUUUUAAAUGUGUCAAGAUUUUGGCAAUUUCCUUGCAAUUACAAAAUAAAAGAUGAAAUUCA